AUGGCUCCGACCAGCGCUAAUCGCGCCAGUAAGGGAAACAUCCAAGUUGAUGAAGCACGCCUUGAAGCGGCUUUGGGCCAUAAGCAAGAACUGGUCCGUGGGUUCGGGUUGUUUAGUUUGACCAGUCUGGGAAUUAUAAUUGCCAAUUCCUGGGCAGCGACUGGAGGAACUAUCGUGACUGCACUGUACAAUGGCGGUCCUAUGGCCGUCUUGUAUGGACUGAUCCUGGUCACUAUCUUCUAUGCAUUCAUCUCCGCGUCCCUCUCUGAGCUCGCCUCGGCAAUUCCUUCAGCGGGUGGUGUCUAUCAUUGGUCGUCCGUGGUUGCAGGCAAGUAUGGUCGCGCUGCAGGCUUUUUCACGGGCUACCUCAAUGCCUGCGCCUGGUUGCUGUCCGCGGCUUCAAUGAGCUCAGUUCUCGGCAAUGAGGCAGUUGCCAUGUAUCUCCUACGACAUCCGGGUGUGGAGUGGCAUAGCUGGCAGCCUUUCAUUGUCUUCUUGGUUGUACUGUGGAUGUGCUGUGCUAUUGUAUGCUUGGGAAACCGUUACCUCCCGCUCAUCAACCGGAUAUCGUUGGUGCUGUCCAUGGGUGGUUGGUUUAUUACCAUUGUCGUACUGGCCGUGAUGCCUAGAGGCCGACACGCCAGCAAUGCUCAAGUGUGGAGGAUCUACUACAACGAAACUGGCGGCUGGUCCGACGGCAUCUGCUUUCUCUCUGGACUCUUGAAUGCUGCCUUCGCAGUUGGUACACCUGAUUGUAUUAGCCACUUAUCGGAAGAAGUCCCCCAGCCAGAAAGAAAGGUCCCACAGGGCAUCAUGCUGCAGCUGCUAACAGCCUUUCUGACCGCGUUCGUGUAUCUCAUUGCACUGUUCUACGGAAUCAAUGAUAUUGACGCGGUUUUCAAUACCAACGUUAACUAUUUCCCUGUCGCCGAGAUCUACCUGCAGGCAACGGGGUCCACAGCGGGAGCAGUAGGACUUAUCGCCCUGCUUUUCCUAGCCACGUUCCCCACGCUGGUAGGAACUCUUACAACCGGUGGCCGGAUGUGGUGGUCACUUGCACGCGAUAACGCUACUCCCUUUCCCUCAUUCUUUGGUCAGGUGCACCCCACGCUAGAUUGCCCGGUCAAUGCCACAGUGGCCAUGGCAGUGAUGGUUUCCUGUCUGGGCUGUGUUUAUGUGGGCAGCACCACCGCAUUCCAGGCGUUGAUCUCAUCAUUUAUUGUGUUGAGCACGCUCUCCUAUGCCGGGGCCAUUGUUCCGCAUAUUCUAUCCCGGCGACGAAGUGUUGUCCUGGGACCCUUUGCCAUGCCCCACAAGAUUGGAUAUGUGGUUAAUAUCCUCGCGGUACUCUACAUCGCCGUCACAGUGCUGUUCUUCUGUUUCCCCUUCACCUUGCCCGUGACUGUUCAGAAUAUGAACUACACAAGUGUUAUUACCGUCGGUCUUAUGACCCUCGUCGGCAUUUGGUGGUUGUUCCAGGGUAUGAGGACUUAUAAGGGUCCUACCUAUAGUCGGGAGGCGGCUGAACGGCUGGCGAUGGGGAAACAGGAAUCGUCGGCUGAGAUGAGCGCCAUGGACGGAAUGUAA